GAAAAGGGAGUUCUAGCAGCCGGCCCUGUGGACGACGUCGGCGCCGCGCGAUAAUGCGGACGCCAUCAGCGCGCAAUAGCUAGCGGCGAGCGAGCGAGCGAUGCCGUCCUCUUCCCAACUCCCCUCCCAUGGCCAUGGCGGCCGUGUCGCGGCGUCACCUCCCUCCCUGACCCCCACCUCUAUAAAUACCGUCGCGCACCAAUGGCGGUCGCCACCAUUCAGUUCCAUUCCAGCCAUCGCAACAAGGCAGCUGCUAGCUAGCUAGUGCUGGUUACGUCCUCAUCUCCGAAGCUGAGGUGCAGGUAAGGUAGUGCGGCAGCAAGCGACGACAAUGGCGGCGGCGACCAACGGCGGGGCGCCCCUGGUGGUGUUCGACUUCGACAAGACCAUCGUCGACUGCGACAGCGACAACUGGGUCGUCGACGCGCUCGGCGCCACCGAACGCUUCGACGAACUCCUCCGCCACCUCCCCUGGAACCACGCCAUCGACGCGAUGAUGGGGGAGCUGCACGCGGCGGGCAGGACGGCGGAGGACGUGCGGGCCUGCCUCCGGGCGGCGCCGCUGUCCCCGCACGCCGCCGCGGCCAUCAGGGCCGCGCACGCGCGCGGGUGCGAGCUCCGGGUCCUCAGCGACGCCAACGCCUUCUUCAUCGACGCCGUCCUCGCGCACCACGGCCUCGCCGGCUACUUCUCCGGCACCGACACCAACCCGGCCAGCGUCGACGCCGCCGGCCGCCUCAGGAUCCGCCCCUACCACGAGUUCGCCGCCCCCGCCGCCGGCCACGGGUGCGCGCUCCCAUCCUGCCCGCCCAACAUGUGCAAGGGCAAGGUGAUGGAGAGGAUACUCCAAGAGGAAGAGGAAACGGCCGCCGCGGCGAGGCGGCCGAGGAGGGCCGUGGUGUACCUCGGCGACGGCCGGGGCGACUACUGCCCGUCGCUGAAGCUGCGCGAGGGCGACUACGUGAUGCCGCGGGCAGGGUACCCCGUGUGCGACCUCAUCGCGGCCUCGCCGCCGGCCGCCGCCGUGCGCGGGUGGGACGGAUUCGAGGACCUCGCCAGGGUGCUGCUCGGCAUCGUCGACGCCGAGAUCGCCCGCGGCGCGGCGGAGCAGGGCGAGGCCCCCGCCGCCACGUCGAACGUCGUCGUCGGCGCCGUCGUGCCGGACUGCCGCACGCUGCCGCUGCCGGCGCGUCAGGAGGCGGCGCUCCUCCCGCAGGCGGUCCGCGUGCCCAACUGAUCGGUGGGGCCAAGGCAGGCGUGCCAGCAAAUAACUCUACUCCACCCUGAACCCUCCAUUGAUUUACUUGGAGAUGACGCAGGGAUUCUGCCUGCAGCAUCUGCUGCUUCACCUCAAACUGAAAGCCUUUCAGUGUGUACCAUGAUAUAUAAUACUGUACCAUCCAGAGCCAAACAUGAGACAUGUUCUCAUGUUGUUCGUUUCUAAGAGCAUGUCUAUUGAAUAAGGAAGCAGGUGUUGCUGUAAUUUAACUGUAAUUUUGAGUGAGAUAAUCUGACAAAAUGGAAGCCUUGCUGUUGACAACUGGCUGCAUAUGUAGGUGUUAAAACAGCACAGAUAAUCUGUUUGAACUGUGUCUUCGUUCAAAAUGAAACAGCUGCUUUGUUCAACA